AAAAACAAAAAAAAAAGAAGUCAAUCUGGUGGGUUAAUAAAAUUCAAGUCACCGUCCAUUAUGGCCAUCCCGGAGAGAUUUCAUGCCGCCGCCGCCGCCCGUCGGUUAAUAAUUUUAGGCAUGGCAUGUCUCUCUUGUAUGGCCUGGUGCAGCUCUGCCGUUGCACCCAAUUUUUUCGGUGACUUCUCCGACGGUCGUGGUCGUUCCCUUCUCGAGGCAGCACCCGCCGCUCCGGCUGGGGCCGCUCCAGGGGGUGGGAAGGUUAUCGAUGUUAAAGUCCAUGGUGCCGUACCUGAUGGCAAGAAAGAUAGCACACAGGCAUUCAUGAAGGCGUGGGUUGAAGCAUGUCAUUCCACUGGUCCUACAAAACUGCUUUUCCCGGCGGGAACGUUUCUUAUCGGACCAGUGGUAUUCGCCGGGCCAUGCACUGCCUCGCCCAUGACGGUCGAGAUUCAGGGAACCGUCAAAGGUUCGACGGAUGUUUCUCAAUAUUCUGGACCGGAUUGGAUUCUGUUCGAAUCCAUCAACGAUCUAACGAUCACCGGGAGCGGAACCUUCGACGGGCAAGGUCAGGAAGUAUGGAAGUUCAACGAUUGUAGCCAAAAUCCCAAUUGUGUUCUUCUUGCACACUCAAUCAAGUUAAACAAGGUGAAAAAAGGAUUGGUAGAGCACAUUUCUUCGGUGAACGCCAAAGCCUUUCAUAUCUUCUUGUUUGCUUGCAACGAUAUUAGAUUCAACAACCUCAAAAUAAUAGCUCCUGGCGAGAGCCCCAACACAGAUGGAAUUCACACGAGCGAAUCUAAUCUUAUCAAUAUAACAAACACCUUCAUUAGUACCGGAGAUGACUGUGUUUCCAUUGGUCAAGGCACCACCAAUAUCCACGUUCACAAUGUCACCUGUGCUCCAGGUCAUGGGCUCAGUGUGGGAAGUCUAGGAAAAUACAAAGAUGAGAAGGACGUUAUGGGAGUUACUAUCACAAAUUGCACAUUGAGAAACACCACAAAUGGAUUAAGGAUCAAGACAUGGGCUGAUUCACCUCCAACCCAAGCUUCCAAAAUCAGUUUCCAAGACAUUAUCUUAGAUGCAGUCAAAAACCCCAUUAUCAUAGAUCAAAGCUAUGGCUCCAAAGAUAAGAGCAAACCCCCAUCUCAAGUGAAGAUAAGCGAGGUCAAUUACAAGAACGUUCGGGGUACGACGAUUUCGGUCGUUCCGGUUUCGUUGCAAUGUAGCCCUAAAGUUCCAUGCGAGGGCAUCAAAUUGGAAGAGAUUGAUUUGUCCUUUGUUGGCUCUGAUAAGAAGAUGACAGCUUUUGCAAACGCAUGUGUGAAUGCCAAGAUUACGACCGUAGGAAAACAAAUCCCACCAGCUUGUGCUGUUUAAUUUUGAAAUAUUCAUAUAUAUAUAGCUCACAUUCUUUCAGAUUUUAUACAUAAAUCUACUUGUCAAUCCGAGUUUAUCUCAUUGGAUAAAGACAUUUAUUAAUUAAUCA